AGUCGCGUUGCGGUUCAAUUUACGCGUUCGAAUAUCGCAUUGCACAUCAACUUACACACUCUGCUUGGUCCCAGUCAUGUCAUAAAUGCCGCUGUUUGUAAUAUCAUCUGGCACACCAAGGCAGCUAUGCAAAGGGAUUCACGGAUAUGACAAAUCGACGCCAUGAAAAAUUGGAGGGAAUUGGGGGAGGUUCCAGAUUCGGAGGACGAGAGCGUCGGUGACGCGGAAAUUCCAGAAGGUCCCCCACUCGAUCAAUCUCCCGAGCCUGUCCCCGAACCUGUAGUCGACGAGACUGGGCCUGGGAAUGUGCCCACGAGACCGGACGAUGCAGAUAUAUGGAGUCUCCCAAGUUCCUCUCCGGAUCGGCCUGCGGCCAAGGACUCCGCGAUCCCCAGACAAACAAGCCCUUACGGAAGCGAAUCAACUCCUUCUGCGCAAUCCAUACGAGAGAAUGGUGGCGGCGGAGAAAUUUCUGCGGCUGCUGUCGCUGCUGGCGGUAGCCACACAAUGCCACAAGGCGAUCUUCCGAAGUCAAGAGAGGAUCCAUUCUGGGAGGAUGAGAUUGCAACGAGCUACGUCCGAACUAUGAUGCCAGAUUCGCCGGCCUCAACACUUGUGAGUCUUCUCUCGAGGACGCCGACUCCUCCGAGAUCACCAUUAUUGUCCCCAGCUCGUUCCCGCACCUCGGAGGAGCGGGAAAAUCCGGUGGGUGGCGAUGAGGUGUCGAGACAGGCCGCUGUUCGACUGGAGCGUUCUUUGCGGCCGCGGAAACCCAUCCAGCAACAUCCCUACCUUUUGGAGAACGCUCAGUAUACAACCUUCAUGAAAUCACAUGGUAUUAAGCCUAUAAAGGUUGUCCCGGAGCCGGUCGAGGAGGACGAUUCUCAGGAGCAAGAUUACCAGGCUGAAGCUGAAGACAGCCAAAAUGCGAGCGCAGGGAGCCCGAAUCGAGAGGCGGAGGUGCCCGUCUUCUUUCGGUUACUUGACGACGGAGAUGAGCUGGCAUUGUCUCCUUCGUUGCCUAAAACAUCUUCUCCUCACCUGAUGGCUAGCAGCCAGCGGACGAGCUCGGAUCAGACAGAUGUGACCAGCCUCUCGGACGAUGAUGAUCUGCCGCCUUUGAACAGGCUUCUACCGGUGUCAGCAAAAAAACGGCGUGCUGUGAAGCACCAGACCUCACCAUUAAUGUCCUCAGCGAGACGGAAAAGAGCCAGAUUCGUACCGGAUUCCUCCUCGCCACCACGGCCCACAUUCAUUCCUCCCCCUAACAUAUGGGACCUCUCAUCGUCACCCCAUGGACCGCAGGAACCAGAUGACGCACCACAGGGACUUGGAGCUAUAACAGCGUCGCCGACACAUGAACGCCCUCUUACGCCAUACGCAUCCAAGCAGAUGUUGACGUCGGUUAGCAGUUCGCAUGGUAACGGAACUGCGGCUACCCCUAUUCUGAUCGAUGAAGACAGCGAAAGCAGACUCAGCGAUGCAGACUCGGCGACUUCUCAUAGUCUUGAGAGCGACUCAGAUGUAGUCCGCUACAACAGCAGAAGGAUUCGUGGUGUGCUGCCAGCUUCGUGGCUCAGGCUGGACCAGAAGAAGAACGAUAAACCCCCUGCCCGGAACGCCAAGAAAAAGAGUCCAGAACCCUCUCCAAAUCGGAGUAACAGGCGCGGUGUGGCUUUACCAAGACAGGGCUCGCCCAAGCCUUCCGGCACGGCUCCUUUCUUGUUUGAAGAUUCUGAGGAGUCUGAUAGUGCAUCAAUCCCGAGGGAGAAUGUGCCAGAAGCGCUUGCUCGGAUUACGACGGCCGCCAUCAGUAUUGACGAUAACGAUGCAGAUUCCGCCAUGGAAGACGAUGCUAUUGAUUGGAUGCUUCCGGGGAGAAAGAGGUCCGGAUCUCACAGCGGACCCCGGCGAGCAAAGAAGCAAAAGAAAACAAGCACACAGUCUGUAUUUAAGGGAAAUCCUAACCAGCCCUCCCGGCAACCCAAAAUCACCCAAGUUCUUGGCCGGUUGGAAAGGCCUGGUGCCACUUCGGCCUCCGUAAAGAAACGCCCGACUGACCGGCAGCGUCGGGAGAGAAAUGGCCCUUCAGAAAAGCGCAGGCCUAGAAACGGAGUCAGCACGCCGCCCCUUUUGAGCAUUUUGGACGUUGUAGAGCCCGACGCACCAAAGUAUCUCAAGAUUGCCGCACGUGCAGUCAGAAAGAAGGCAAACUUGGGAAAAACCAGCCCAUCAAAGAAACUCAUUAGCCUCGCGACGCGGAGUGACAACAUCGACGCCUUAUCGACUCUUCGGGACUGGAAAUCAGGGAAGACGAGACCUAGGAUUCAGGUGUCACUAAAGAGACAACAAGGGAGGGAGGCGGGCAGACCGGCUCUUCGAGAGAUACCGCCAAAUAUCGCGCCGAACCCCACGAUAGCUCGACCGAGGCCGUCUCUCUCUGUCCCUCAGAAACUUACAAGACAAAGCAGCCUUGAUGGGUUCGUUACGGUGGACAUGGCAGCCACCUCCAGGUCUCUAGAACCGCCUCCAAUCCCAAAGCUCCCCCGUCGAAAGCCAAUGCAGGACCACGCACCGAGUUUCCGGCCCGCGCAGCUGGAGGUGGUUGACCGUGAGAGUAGAUGGCGUCAGCUCAGUGGUCGGAAGCGGACACUGGAUGGCUUUUGCAGAAGGUUUGGCCUGCCACGGGGGAGCUUACUAAACGGUGAAUUGGACCAGCCAUUCCUCGAUACGGAGUCUCCUAUACGCGAGCUAAAAGCCCACGGUCAAAAUGCGGCCAGUGAUGCUGAAGAAGCUCCGCCCGCAACGGCGAAGAAGAGGGAAUCUAGGUCUAGGUUCCGCAAAAGGCGCCGCCCACAGCAUCUCGACCCGGAAGCACCACAAUACGCUCACGCAAAUGAUCCCCUGCCUGUUGAUCUUUCCAUCGCCGAUGUUCAGCCGCACCACUCGGAAGGCAAACUCAGGGGUUUGGGUCCGUACGGCACGCACUAUAGCCAGCAUUUCGACGUCUUCCCCCUUGAGAGGGGCACCUUCUUUCAUGAAAGCACUGUUAUUGGUCGUGGGUCGCUUCGAGACGCGGCCGACACGGCAUUGUCUGACCGGAUCCGCCACCAAAGACCGACAUCUUCCUUCUCCUUUGACGGAAACUCUUUGAGGUGGGGAGCAUGGGAUGAUGCUACAUCGUCAGAGCUUGGCAUACUUGUUGACUGGGUAGCCGAGCAGCUCGGCUCGGAUGCAAUGGCGGAAGGUUCUACCGGCCGAAAAGUAAUGGAAGCAGCUGACUUUGUCCUUGGCUACAUCUUGGGCUCCCUAAGUGUUCGAAACGACCUUGAGAAGCAGGCCUUCGUUUCAAGGUGCUUGGAGGUAUUCUCGAGCUUCAUCGGUCGAUUCGAGUCAUUGCAAUGGGUCGCAGUUCCUGUCACUGACAACAGAUCGCGACUCGAUGUAGCGGUUCGUUUUAUCCUAGCACUUCUAGCGGUGCGAUCGUUAAGUCAUCCAUGGAGUGACGACCCGAUGCAAGCCAUGAAGAUUGAGGAUAUGAUCAAAAAGUUCGCUUCGAUCAUUGUCAGGCGUCUUCUGGAAAUUGGCACCCAGGAACUGCGGACGCUCUACGGUGACCUGCAACGUCCAUCCUUCAGAGAGCGGGGAAUACGUUCGGAUCAGGUUGUGGCAAACUGUUGGGUGGUCGUGGUGGCAGUUCUGAGGAGUGCUGCCAUCCGCGGAGGGCCCUGGGAUAUUACCCACUCCGUCAUGCUCAGCCGCCUGGACGCUUCCGGCUCGGAUGUGCAAACAUUGGAGGCCCUCUGGCAAGACAUGUUCACUCUAUUACCCCUCUGCGAAAUCGACAAUACUGGGAUUCUUGUUCCGGGAUCGAGAAACAGGGAUCCCGUAGAAGGAUGGGCGCUGCCACAGCAACUGCUCAGGCGUGUCUUUGAGCUGUACAAGUCUAAUCCUCGACAACCGCCAGGCUUCAACGACUAUUGCCGAGCACUGAUGGCGCGUUGCCAUCUGCUCGUCCAGCAAUGGGGAUGGCGCAAAUGCACCGGCAUUAUUGGCACAAUUUUCGACUUCUUCGGCUCGCAGAACCUGGCGCAUCUAAGAAACGAGGAAGUGUACAAAUCCCCUCGAUUCCUCGAGGAGCUCGAUAGCAAUCCGUCUCUAUCCAUCGAACCAGAAGACCGAUGCUUCCACAUAUUCAUCAAACUGCUUGCUCUGGCAAUCCAGCGUUUGAAGCAGGCUGGCCGCCAGAACGACAUCAAAAAUUUGGUAGCUAGGACCCUUCCUAACCACAACCGGCAAUACCUCAAAGAAGACACCGUUCACCAGCAUGAUUUGGCGGCCCUUAGGAACCAUCACGACCUUCUUUGUACCCUGUUCUGGGUCUCACCGCCCGAAAUGCGGCCUGCAGUACGCUUGAUAGAGAAGCUGGUCAUUCCGGGCAGCGCUCACAAGGAAGCAUGCCUGAUAAAUAUUAGGGCCUGGAACCAACUGGCGCGGUUUGUGAACUCCAAUGGCGAAGACAUUGCCGCGUUCAAGCCGUUCGCCGCCUGGCGGAACAACAUCUUCAACCAGGUGUUGGACCAGUACCUCUCAGCCGCCUCCGAUAUCGAGCAGCAAUUCAACGCUCUUUCUAGCGAGUUGCACGGCAUCACCAAGGAAGCACGGGACGAAAUGAUUGCCAAGAACAAGGCUACAGCUCUGGAUGUGCUCCGUUUCUCAAUGAAAGCGUCUCUAGACGUUCUGCAGCGCGCCCCGACGUUAGAAGCCGCUCUCGGUGGACUUAACACCGCCCAACUACAAAAGACGUUUACCAGCCUUGACCACCAGGCUCCCGACUUUGAUUGGAGUGUCGUCCGCGUCGCGUUAGACACGCUGGAACACUUCCUUGGGCGGAUUGAUGAAGCCUCUGACGAGCAAUACUCGAGCGAGUUUGCUAGCAGGGCUGAUUCGCACCACGUAGAAGAGGCUGUGCUGCUGCUCAACGAGCACCUGGUCAAGGACUUUUUCCAGAUGAGCCGCACAAUGCUCUCGCUCCCACUGGGAAGGCCUCUAGGGCAACAGGCUAGGCAGGUUGCCUGCACCGAGAAGGCCGUGAAUUUGGCCGCCCGGAUUGCCGCCAGAUUCAUCAAGAAUAGGGUGACGCAAUUGUCGCCUUACUUCUCCAGCGGCAAAUACGGGCUGUUUUCCGAUCUCCCAAAGAACCUCCAAAGCCCGGAGAGGAAAUAUUUGCCUCUCUUUGUCGCAGUGCUAGUGAAAAACCAUGUCUUUGACUUCAGGGGCAUUGGUGUCAACAUCCUGGGGCUGUGGAUUCUAUCAAUUGUGAAACCGCAGGGGCUCUUGGGGUACGAGAACUACCUGGCUGAGGUUCUGCAACACCACCAUCUCCCAUUCCUUGACAGAGCCACGGUUGCAGUUGGGAUUCCUCCUGACUACAACUCAAACACCGACAUGUUUGCCUGCGCUAUCCACUACAUGCGUAGGACACUGCGCGAGUCUGGAACGGCGCAAGCAAGGCAGCACAGAGAGGACUUUUGCAAGAUCCUCCAGCUAGCCAUGCAGAAGAUGCAGGAGGAUUUGGUCUCUCUUCGACCACACGCUGCCGAACACGGACCGUACAUUGAAUUUGUCAGACAGAUCAUCUCGCUGAUCAAGUCCCACGGAGUCGGCAUUUGUGUGGUCAACCCCUUCUUCACCAAGCCGAGCAUCGACUACUCUCCUUCUUUGCAGGACCCGGAGCUGCACACGGCCGGCAUCGUUGCCUACGGCGUCAGGCUGAGCGAGAAGGAUGUCACCGCCGUCCCGCAGCUGUUCCAUUACCUCUACAAUAACUUCAAGGUGGCCCUGGCCAACGGCAAGCUGGAACAGGAAUGCCGCAUUUUGGGUACGGCGAUGGAGAAUGCACAUGUCACCUCCUUUAUGCUGCAGUCCAUGCUUCCGGCGGUUGUCCAAGCUUCAGCGCAAACGCCCGAUUGCUGGGCGCUGCUUGAGGUGUAUGUCGUCGCAUUGGGGAACAUGCUCGGCGCGGCUUGCGUUCCUAAAGAGCUGGCGGGCGACGAUGUGAAGCAUGCCGCCAGCGUGCUGAGCGGAUUACUGGCAUGGUUCGAUGCUCUCGGCCGUCAAGCGGUACUCACGCUACAGCAGGUGCAUGUCAUGACCCUCCUCGCCACAAUCGCCAAUGUCUUGCAACCUAGUCUCACUGCCUACCUACUAAACGAACCCGAGGGCGCAGUUCCUGGGCUUGAAGAAGUGAUAGACUGUCUGUCGGGCUGCUUCGGCGAAACACGCUCGAAUCUGGAGGAGGCGCUGCUUACUCGCUCGGAUGGAGAUGCGGAUGGCCUCUCGGAUGAAGGGAGCAUGCAGAUCUCGAACUUUCUGGCGUCAGGGCCUCAGCUUGGGCUCGCUGAGAUGCCUGCUAUUGGGGAUACGCGCGUGCAGGAUUUCGCAAAGACAAUCGUCUCGGAUGUGCGGCGGAAUUGGGUUGUGUCAAGGGACUGCGUCAUGGUGAGGGUGCCAGGCUCGGCUGGGAAUGGUGGUGCUGGUGGAGGCGGGACUCCAACCAUGACACAACCUGCUGCUGCUGCUUCGCGGCCUGUUUCAGGGACGCGGUAUUUGCCGUUCAGGAAGGAAGAGAUAUUGCGACGAUUAUGUGUUGAACUUGGAAAAUGGACAUUGCAUGGCAUGGGCGGUGGGGGUGUGGUCGGGUGGGAGGGCGGAGAGGCAAGGAGGGCUCGGGGGAGGGAGAAAAGGAGGGAUGUGGUGGAUGAGGACCUUUUGUUUUAA